CAUAGAGCUGGUUUGAGAGGCGGUAAAGUCCAGCCAGCAUCACUCAGGCACUGAGAUUCAGAAUGAAUGAUUAACAUCACAAAAGCCUCUCUGCAUCUCCACACUGUAGAACAAAAGAGCCGGAUUCAUCUGCCGGUGUCACCGGCUCUCUCUCUCGUGUGUCUUCCAUCGGAGAUCUCCAUCAAGGGCUGGGAGUGGCUGCUGUCUUUGUGAGAGGAGAGGAGAGGAGAGGAGAGGAGAGAGGCCACCGUUCACACCCUGAGAUGCUCUGCAGGCUGGAGGAGGAAGAGGAGAUGUCUCUACUGGAGUUACAGCAGAGGGUGGACUGUAUCAUCACCCAUGUUGAUGAGAUUAUGCAGCAGGAGAUCAGGCCGUUACUGGCGGUCGACAUAAUUGAACAACUUCACAGGCAGUUUGCUCUUCUUUCAGGAGGAAGAGGAAAAGACGGAUCUCCCAUCAUCACCUUCCCAGAGUUCUCAAGUUUUAAUGAGGUGUCAGAUGAGGAUUUUGUUAAUGUUGUCACAUACCUGAGCAGCAUACCAAGCAUGGAUGCCGCUAGCAUUGGCUUCAUCAUCAUCCUGGACCGCAGGAAGGACAAAUGGAACUCAGCAAUCACUUCUCUGACACGGAUAGCGGGCUCCUUUCCAGGAAAUCUGCAGCUUGUUCUGGUUCUGAAACCUUCACGUCUCCUCCAGAGGGCCAUCGCUGAUUUCAGUAUGAGGUUACAUAGGGAUGACUUCAAAUUGAAGGUACCGGUUGUUAUGCUAAAUUCCCUGUCAGACUUGCAUGGCUAUAUUGACAAAGGCCAGCUGACCUGUGACCUGGGGGGGACCCUGGACUAUUGCCACAGUCAAUGGAUUCACCAUCGCACAGCCAUUGAGAACUUUGCGUUAACAGUGAAGAGCACAGCACAGAUGCUGCAGCAGUUUGGAACUGACCUAGCAGAAACUGAACUUCCCAAUGACGUGCAGUGCACCAAAGACUUGCUCAUCACACACACCGAAAAACACGAUAAGCUCAAGGACGAGCUAAAAUUGGCUAUAAAGCAAGGAAAUACUCUAUUGUCUUGUAUCAAAGACCAGGCCAGCAAAACCGAGAGCCACAUUUUGAACCCGGAUGAGGUAGAGAACCAAACAACCGUUGAGAGGUUGUUAGCACAGCUCGAUGAGACGGAGAAUGCGUUUGAACAGUUCUGGUCGAGGCAUCACCUCAAAUUAGAGCAGUGCUUACAGUUACGGCACUUUGAGCAGGACUUCAGAGAGGUGAAAGUUUCUCUGGAUGGCCUGACCGAGACCUUGCUGGGUCUCUCAGACACCGGGGACUGUGUGGCUCGGGUGGAACAUCUACUGGGCGAUAUGAAAACCUUGGAGGACAAAGCUCAGGAGUCCUUGGAGAAAGCUCAGCUUCACGCUCAGCAUGGUGACCAGCUCAUUCAAAGUAACCACUACGCCGUGGACUCCAUUCGGCCGAAGUGUGUCGAACUGCGUCGGAUCUGUGAUGACUUCAGCAAUGAGGCCAAUAAGAAACGUGACAUUCUGACCAAAUCACUUGAAAUCCACAAACGCAUCGAUGAGGUGAACCAGUGGUGUGAGAGUGGAGUUUAUCUGUUGGCCUCUCAGGCUGUAGACAGAUGCCAGACCCAGGAAGGUGCAGAAGCAGCGCUGCAGGACAUCGAGGGGUACAUGAACACAGCCAAAGAGCAGCAGCUCAGUCACCUCAAAGACCUCAGCAACCAGCAUGAGAUCGUCCUCUCAGAGCUGGUCAAGAUCAAAGCUCAAACUGCUCUGAAAAGGCUGGAUGACGUUCAAAAGAUGUUUGAGAAAAGACACGCGAGUCUGAAAAAGCUGUCUGCAAAGCAAACAAGGCCAGUGCAACCUGUUGCACCUCGACCAGAAUCUUCACCAAAACGCCCUUCACCUAAAAUCCCACAACCCACUGCACCUACAUCAAAUCGCAAAGCUAUAGAAAACUACAGCGCCAGUAAGCAGCCCAGUGACGCAGAGUUGGCAAAAAGGAAAAAUAUUCGCAAAGCCAAAGGUGGCAUCAAGAUCGAAGUCAUGCAUGAAGGAGGGCAAGGGGGUUCGAGUCAUGUUCUCAUGAGCAAUGAAACAGAAGAGUCGCUUUCAAACAGACGCAGCCACAUAAUGAAUGAAUUGAUUGAGACGGAGAGGCUGUACGUGGAAGAGCUGCAGAGCAUUAUAGAGGGAUAUGCCGCCGCACUGGAUGACCCCGAGCUGUUCUACUUGAUCCCACCAUCUUUGGAAAACAAGAAAGAAGUCCUCUUCGGAAAUCUGCCUGAAAUCUACGAAUUUCACCAGAAAAUAUUUCUCAAAGAGCUGGAAAAUACUGCAGAAAAGCCGGAGUUAGUAGGAACAUGUUUUUUGAAGCGGAAAGAAAAGUUACAGAUUUAUGAGAAAUAUUGUCAGAAUAAACCGCGAUCUGAGGCUUUGUGGCGGCAGUGUGGGGACAGUAUGUUCUUUCAGGAGUGUCAGAAAAGGUUGGACCACAAGCUUUCAUUAGAUGCAUAUCUGCUAAAGCCUGUGCAGAGAAUCACUAAGUACCAACUGAUGUUAAAGGAGAUGCUGAAGUGCAGUAAGAACUCAGAGGGCACUGCUGAGCUGGAGGAAGCUCUGGCCACAAUGCUGGACAUCAUCAAAUCAGUCAAUGACUCCAUGCAUCAGAUCGCCAUUACGGGUUUUGAGGGCAAUCUGAAUGAUUUGGGAAAACUGCUCAUGCAGGGGUCGUUUAAUGUUUGGACAGACCAUAAGAAAGGUCACAGUAAAGUGAAGGACUUGGCGCGCUUCAAACCCAUGCAGAGACAUCUAUUCCUCUACCACAAAAUGCUUUUGUUCUGCAAGAAACGAGAGGAGACAUCUGAUGGUCAUGAGAAAUCCCCUUCCUACAGUUUCAAGCACUCAUUAAAGAUGAGCUCGGUGGGAAUCACAGAAAAUGUCAAGGGAGACAUCAAGAAGUUUGAAAUCUGGUACAAUGGCAGGGAGGAAGUUUACAUCGUUCAGGCCCCUUCGAUGGAAGUGAAGAACACGUGGGUGUCAGAGAUCCGCAAAGUCUUAACAAGCCAGCUGGAAGCCUGCCGAGAAGCCAGUCAACUCCAUCAGAAGAUUACAGAGAACAUCUACCAUGCUCCCAUGAGAAAUAUGCGCAAAACAGCUCUCCGGCAGUCUGACUCUUCCAGUCCAGAAACUGGCUACAGGCGUAGUGAUACAGGCCCAAAUAUGCGUCAUAAACGAGCUGACGCAUCAGCCAGCCUCGGCUCAGAGCGAUAUGCUCUCGCUAGAAAGCGCUUCACCUUACAGGGCCUGUCAAACCGCAGGUCUCUCCCCGCAGAACCCACGCCUAAGGAGACAGAGGUUACACGCCGCUUUUCUUUAGCCUCAACUGUCAGCUCCGCCUCUGCACCGCGCACUAAAGUUCCUCUCUCCUCUAGCCUUAAGAGCAAGAGGCAUCAGGUCAAGAGCGACCCUACACCAUUUGGCUAUGAAGGUACCACAUGGACUGCACAGCAUGUCAUGUUUGAUAAGACAGUGAAUUUCCUCACAGACACCAUGCGAGGUGCACUUCCCGCUGAGAGCAAAAGUAAAGGUAGUGCCGGUACCAAGCCCGCUGUGCCGAGGUCUGCGUCUCAACCAGGAUGGAGUCAACGGCGUCUGCCAUCAAUGGACGCUGAGGAUUUUGAGACCAUUCCAUCAAGUGCAGAAGAACUCUCCAUUUCCUCAGAUGGAGAGGAUGAAGGACAAAACAAAAACGGGGAUAAUGAUCGCUAUCAAGUGCAGCUGACGUACGAGUCAGGUACCGCCCAGGAUCUUUCCGUCGAGGCGGGAGAUUUAGUACAGUUCCUAGAAGAGUCGGAGAAUGGCCACUGGCUAGUCAAGAACCUUAAAACUCAGAAGACAGGACUGGUGCCACCCACUGUCCUGCAGUCCACAGCAGAGGGAGUAGACCUUUACAGUAACUCUGAUAUUUUCAGUGACCUCUGCACCGCUGCCCUCACCGAUACAGAGGAGGCAGACGACAGCACCGGGCCGCGUCCCGCUCAGGACGGCAGAUUUGCAUGCUGAACGUGCCGUGAUGUCUUCUCGAUUUCCAUAUCAUCAUGCGUUACAGCAUACUCGACAACAGCUCGAUAUUCUAUUCUUUGUAAUACUACACAGACAUCUGCUCUGCUGAAGGAGUAAGUGAACUGACCGAUCAGAAUGGAUUCCAGUCAUUUCUGGCCUUCUCCAGCGCUGAUGUGACAUUAACAACAUUCUGUAUAGUUGUGAGUCAGAAAUUCAGCAUGCAGCCUUCGUUCUUUCACUCUGCUGUGCCUUAGCAGCAAUUGCAGGGGUAUUUGAAAAGAAGUAUCUGGAUCUCUGUGAACACCGGACUCCGAUAUCUGCACCAAGGAUGCUAUUUGAAAACACUGAGAGGAAGAGACUCUAGACCAUUCUGUCCUGCUGAAACUUUCACUGAAAUGCUUUUAAAGGGAUAGUUCAAAAAUGAAAAUGUUAUCAUUUACUCGCCCUCAAGUUGUUCCAAACCUGUAUGAAUUUCGUUCUUCUGUCGAACACACAAAAAAAGAUAUUUGGACCAUUGCUGGUAGGCAUUUUCCCCCUCGUACUAUGAAAGUCAAUGGCUACCAGAAGCUGUUUUCCCUUUAUUUUGGGUG